CUCGCUCUCUCUCUCUUCCCCUCGAGAUACACUGUAGCUCUACCUCGAAGAUCUCAGCGCUUCGGUUUUUGUAUGCGGCCGUGGACCUGAAGAGGGAUCUAUCUUUAUCUCUCCGACCCUGGUGGAAAGAAGAGAUCUUUUCCAUGGUAUGAUGGCUUCUUCGAUCUCGUCAUCGAGCCCUCGCACUGUAGAAGAGAUCUUCAAGGACUACAGCGCUCGGCGCACUGCCCUCGUCCGCGCUCUCACUUACGAUGUGGAUGAAUUCUACUCGCUCUGCGAUCCAGAAAAGGAGAAUUUGUGUCUGUAUGGUCACCCAAACGAAUCAUGGGAGGUGGCUCUGCCCGCCGAGGAAGUUCCUCCAGAGCUUCCUGAACCAGCCUUGGGCAUUAACUUCGCUAGAGAUGGAAUGAAACGCAAGGACUGGCUGUCUUUGGUGGCUGUGCAUAGUGACUGUUGGUUGCUCUCUGUGGCCUUCUACUUUGGUGCUCGAUUUAACCGCAAUGAAAGGAAGCGUUUAUUUAGCCUGAUAAAUGACCUGCCAACCCUUUUUGAAGUUGUAACGGAGAGAAAGCCUAUAAAAGACAAGCCUAACAUGGACAGCGGGAGCAAGUCAAAAAACAUCACUAAGAGAUCCAUCGAUGGACCAACUAGAAGCACCCCGAAGCCAUAUGAAGAUAACUAUGGCGAAGAGGAAGAUGAACAUAGUGAAACGCUCUGUGGAAGCUGCGGCGGCAACUACAGUGCCGACGAGUUUUGGAUCUGCUGUGACAUCUGCGAAAGGUGGUUCCAUGGGAAAUGUGUGAAGAUAACGCCGGCCAAGGCCGAGAACAUCAAGCAGUACAAAUGUCCUUCUUGUAGCUCAAAAAGGAGCAGGCAGUAAGUGGCUCCGGAGGCUAAACCAUGUGGAGGGAGGGGGGUUUGGUUGCGAGCAUGACAACUUUGGCGGUUUAACUACAGGAUCAUGGUAAUUAAUAUUAUCCAAAAGCAUCAGAAUCUGAAGUUAGCCCUUCUAAUUAAUACUACAAUUCUUUUUGCUUUGCUGCUAAGUUAUGUUUGAAGUGUUUAGCCGUAGAAAAGUCAGUACUUUGUCCUCGGGGCAAGACUUCGGCUGCUUUGUGCACAAAUCAGCCUCUCUAUGGAUGUUUGUGUUGUAAGAAAUGUUUUACCCUAAUAGUAGUUUACAAGAUUUGAGCUGAUCGUUCAGCAC